AUGGAAGAAGAGCUUGCAGCAUUACAAAAAAAUUGGACUUGGCAACUUGUUCCACGGUUAGCGUCUAUGUAUGUUAUCGGUUCACAUUGGGUGUUCAAGUCAAAACUCAAAUUGAUAGGAUUAACUGAUGAGCUUGUUGUCUCCUUCAUUCAGCUUCUUAGCAGCGAGUUAGCAAUGAAAGACUUAGGGCCUAUCCAUCAUUUUCUUGGCAUUGAAAUUUCUCAAACACCUGAUGCUCUGCAUCUUUCUCAAACCCAUUAUGCUCUUACCAUACUUAAGAAAACAUACAUGGUUGACUGUAAGCCUUUGAGUACACCUUUAGAAGCAAAAACGAAAUAUUCACAUGAGGACACACUUCUGGAAGACCAAGGCUAUUUUAGAAGCAUUGUUGGAGCACUAUAG